GGGCGCUGAGAGCAUUGCGUCAGUGUGUUGCGGAGUUCUCAGUUGAUUCACGCAGCAGCUGCACUUACGUCGAAUGGCGCUUGUCUUUGUUAGUUUAGGACCAUUUAAACUGCUGUGAAUUCGUCGGACACUACUGAUAUACUGUUUGAGAAAUAGUGAGAUCCAUCAUCAGGAUUGAAUAAUGCAGGAACAGCUGAUUUCAAGCCUUGUGUCUGAAGAUCCCAACCUUCCAUCCACCCCGACAUCAGACGGGACGUCCAAGCGUCUGUCCUGGAGCAGAAUACUCCAGAAGAUCCACAGCAGUCAGAGUUUGGACUCGGAUUCGGACAAUCACAGCAGCAUCGAUGACGCGUCUGAUACAGGCUCCAUAUCCAUGGCCGAUCUGUCAGAAACUGACCUGUUCUUUGACCCCACGGAGGAGGUGCUGUGUAAAGAAGUGGUCCAGCUCAUCUCCGAGAACCUGACCGACGCUAAAGACGGUGUAUUGCACUGCUCCAAACUUCUCAUCCCCGAAAAACUCCUGGAGCACAUCGGCCAGGAGCUGGUUCAUCUGUCCGCCAGCGAGCCCUGCGGCCUCCGGGGGGCGCUCAUUGACCUUUGCGUGGAGCGGGGGGGCAGUUGUGAGCCCGUGGGGCAGAUAGCGGUGGACCCAUGCCUGGUGCCUACCUUUCAUCUGACUCUGGUGCUCCGGCUGGACUCCAAGGGUCUCUGGCCUAAAAUCCAGGGGCUCUUCACGGGCAGAUCUCCAGCCUCACCGGUGGUCAGACAUGCACUUAAACUGAGCACUGGCUUUCGAGUCAUCAAAAGAAAACUGUACAGCUCUGAGGAACUUCUCAUUGAAGAAUGUUAAGACUGACCGUCCCUUGUGGACAGAUAUUAGUUUUUUUUUAAAUGGUAAAAUCUUUAACGCUUUGGUUCUUCUCAUGAGGGGACUGAAGUUGCACUGUCGUGUGACUGUUGAAGCAGUUUGAUAUGAAAGUAUGUUAGGAGGAGGUUAUAAAUGCAGCUAUAGGGUACAUAUGAAAGGACUAAAAAAUAUUAUGUAAUCCAGUGUGUAUGGUGUGUAUGGAUGCAGAUGUUGCACGGUGUUUUUUUUUUUUUUUUUUUGAAACGUUUACCUCAGGUUUAUGGAAACCAGAAGUGGCAGCUAUUUUACAUGCAGACUUGUAGCAAACGUCUUGUGUUCCUUUGUAUGGGUCUUUAAUGCAAGUGCCAGUGUGCGUUCACAGAUAUUCAACAAUGUGUCUGAAUGUGACCAUAUGCCUUUUUUUGUUUUAUGCAUAUUCCAUGCAUCAUAUUUAUUUGAUAUUCAAAUGCGACGUGUACCGGUUUUUUGUACUUCUCAUAUAAAGAAAUGCAGAAAAUAAAUUAUUUUUUGAAGAUC